AUGUCCCUCACACAACCCACCCCGUCUGCCCCGCCCGUCGUCGCCCUCGCCUCCACCGCGCACGGCAGGCUCUCCAGAAAACCCUGGAAAUCUCAAAAAUCAGCUACUGUCCGGUCGCACCUCCAGGAAGCUGUCAAAACAAAAAAAUGGGACGACAGGAUGCAGAAAACAAAGAAGGCUCAGGCCAUCAAAAUGCUCCACGACGAGCUCAAGGAAGAGAAGCAGGCUGAAUGGACCCGGAAACGCGAGGUCACGCUCGAGAGAAGGAAGGCAGCGGAAGAGCGUCAAAGAGCCGAGGAAACCAAGGCAAAACUCGGUGCACGCAAAGCUGCCAGGCUACGGCGCAAAGCCGGUCGCUCGAAGAAAAUAAACCAAUGA